AUGUCCGGCUUCAUCGAUUACAGCAAGCGCCGUCGCGGUGCCCCCGAUGACGCCUCAGACACCAGCAGAGGCGCACCCGCACACGCCGACGCCGCAGAUUCGCUUCGUGAGCCAGAGUCUCACCGAGACCUCGAGACGGAAACCGAAACAGAUGCUGCUCCGCCUCGUCGCUCCUUGAAUCCUCGACGCUCCGAAGCAGAAGAAGGUCCCUUUGAGGAUGCCUCCGACGACUUUGACGGUCAACCUACCAAGCCCUCUCGUCCUCCUCGUGUCGAGGUCAUGAGGGAUCCUGGUGCCCGCGGAGACUACCCUCACCGCGACGAAAGGCCCUUUUUCGAUCCCACCUUUGGCAACUACCAGUCAGAAGCUCCGCUCGAGAUGCCCUUCUUCGACCAUGUCGUCGCCGAUUACGGCAACUACGGAGCUUUCCAACGCUUGCGACUCAACUUCCGUCAGGCCCUCUCUUUCCUCGCCAGCACCACCGCUCUCGGUUCUGUCCUCUUCGUCGCCUACUUUGCCUACUUCAAUCCUUUCAAAAAGUCUCCUCCCAAGGCAAAGGCGGAUCGAGAAUACGAGCGCAGGAUCACUGGCGAACGCGGUUCAGGCCGUCCUGCUUACUACGCCGAGUUUUGGGGGUACCAGUGCGACGAGCACGAGAUCGUCACCGAGGGUGGCUGGAUCCUCAAAGCCCACCGCAUCUCUGAUCCCCGUCGUCCCGGCGGCGUCGGCUAUCCCGUCGUCCUUCAGCACGGUAUCCUCUGUAAUUCGUCCCACUUUGUCGUCAACGAAGAGCGCUCCAUGGCCUUCUGGCUCGUCGACCAGGGCUUCGAUGUAUGGAUCACCAACAUUCGCUCCAACUUCAAGGCUGGUCACACCGAAUACGUUCGCUCCGAUCCUCGCUUCUGGGCUUGGGGUCUCAAAGAACUCGCUUUCGAUCUGCGCGACGUCGUUGACUACAUCACCGCUGCUUCCGGCUACCCACAACUCGCUUACGUAGGUCACUCUCAGGGUGCUGGCUCCAUGUACCUUGCCCUUAGUCCAGGUAUCUGCCCCGAGAUCGCCAACAAGCUUAGCUGCUUCGUCGCCCUCGGCCCCUCCGUUUACGCUGGCUCCGUCCUGCGAAGAUUCCCCUUCUCCCUCAUGCGUCAGUUCCGCUCUCGAAAGUGGUGGGGUCUCAUCUUUGGUGUGCGCGAAUUCAUGCCCGCCAUCGGCAUCGCUCAAGAGUUCCUUCCCACCUUCUGGUUCGGUCACAUCGCCUACGUGAUUUUCGCCUUCCUCUUUGGUUUCCACGACCACAACUGGGUCUCUCGUCAGAAGCCAAAGUUUUUCCGCACCGUGCCCGUGCCGACCUCUUCCGAACUUCUCUACUGGUACAUGUCCGGCUUCUCCCACCGUGGUUGCAUCUUUGACCCACGCAUCACCGAGCCUUGGUUCCCCAGAAACUUCCCUCCCCACUCGAUUUUUUAUGGAGACAUCGACUACCUCGUGCUCGGCAAGCCUCUGGUACAGCGCAUCCAGCGCCACGAGACCAAUGUCGAGAUGAUCCACACGGUCGAGCUCCAAAACUACGAGCAUCUCGACAUGAUUUUCGGUGUCGACGCUUUCCGAACCGUCUUCCCCGGCAUCAAGGACACCAUCUUGCAGACCAUGGACCCCGAGGACAUGGCUCCCGAGAUGUCGGAGCGAGGUGGGCGAUACUAA